GGGGCGGGGGGGGGAGAGGCAAGUGGAAGAGAGAAACAGCAAUUUAAACAAAAGCUCUGAUAAGGUCGCGCUGGGGGGAAACCCAAGGAUGGCGUGAGAGGAUCCGUGCUGGAAAGUACCAAAGAAAGGAGUACUUCGUAGAGAGGGAUGUCGGCAGGAGGACCAGCGGAGAAGCCCUGAAGAGGAAGGAACGCACUCGGUGUCAAAACCCCGCCACAAGCCACGGGAGGAGGACCAAAGUUUGCCUUUCACAGACUGACACAGAAAAAGGCCCGUCUUGCCUGCCCGUCUGUCCGUCCGGGUGCGCGCCUGGGCCAUGUGAGGGAUUGCUGUCAACCAGAGAAAUGGAGAAGUGGCCAUUUUUGGAAAGAUAAAAGGAUGUCACUGCCAGCUUUGCUUUUGCUAUCACUCUUGACUGUCCAAUGUGGUGGAUGCGACUGGGAGGUGGUGAAGAACGUUAAGACGGCUAUCGACGCAAACCCCACCGGAUUUCGGACCGUGUUUCCCAAAGAUUACUAUGUGUCGCACCACUACACAAAAAGCAUGCUGUGUGACACUGAUCCGUGUUGUGUGUUCCCCGCUGCAAUCGUCCUCCUGGAGUCCUGGAAUGUCCUCUUGAGAAAUCUCUGGGAUGAGCACCUAAAUCAGUCCUUGAUCUUCGACCUCAAGCAGACAUUAGAAAUAAUAAUCAGAAAGAAUAAAAACACAGAGAUGUUACGGGAGGAGUUGGACCCAUCCCAGUUUUCCCCACUCUUAUCCUCUCCCGAGGAACUCCUCAAGCUAACGUCGGAAUUGUUCGCCCGGUGGCUGGAGGUCGGAUGCUCCCCGUCCAUGGAAAUCUGCGAGCUCCCCACUCUGCCCCCCUCUACCGAGAAGAAGGAGUACAGUCCGUCCAGGGUCCGACUCCUGACGACCCGGGCCAUCAGGAGCAGCAUGGAGGAGGCCGAGCUGGCCCGGAUGAGAGACACUACCCUGCCUCUGUCCAGCCAUGGUCCGACACCGCUCUCUAUGCGUCCUGCCUGUGCGUGGAGCCUCCUCCUGUUCAGACUCUACUGGUGGUUGUUGCCAUAGGAACCUAAAAGGAUCUUUUUUUGUUGGACGAUGCACACAAAAUGCAAGACACUUCCUGGCACUGAAAGAUUAUUUCCUUCCUUUUUGUGUUGUGUCGUGGUGCAGUAUGCUGGUAUUUUCAUAUGAAGUGACAUGCGCAGGUUGCAUUUUUUUUAACGCCCAAAGGUUUUUUUUUUUGCUACGUUUAUUGUCACGACAGCGCAAAAGCCGUGCAAGCCAGUGACGGGUCGUACGUCUGGUACCUGGACCCUGAGUGCGCACUUAACCCACCUCUUAAUACCACCACUAUCACAUUGCACAUGUUAGUACAAUACUAUGCAAAUAUUCUGAAUCAGUAUUUAUCUAAUAACAGGACAAAAACAUUACUUUAUGAGAUAAAUUACAUCAUAGUCACCAGAGAUGCUAAUUAUUAAAGGUAUUAGUGUGUACAUAUUGCAACAAAUGUGUUUUGCUAGUCAAAGUUGGCUUUAACAAGUUUCGUUCCCACCAACCAAUCAGAAGAUGAAAAAAAUGUUGAGUUUGGAAUGUGAUUGGGUAAAAAAGCAGUCAUUUUGCUAAUGUACCAGUAGGAUAAAUUACAACAGCCAGCACUACUGCUUUUGAAGGAGAAAAGGUUGUCAUGGCAACGCAAAGGGUGAAAUCUGAGUGGAGAAAAAUAUCAAACACAAACAUACAGUUAGCUGUGUAGCCAAGAGAAAAGCCACAAAGUAAAGAUUGUUUGGGGGUACAUGAAUAGAAUUUCAUGGAGCAAAUAUUAGGAUUUAGGUUGCAGAUGAAUCUCAGUGCUUCUGAUGGUGUUUAGGCCAGCAGAGACACGGCCUUGCUGGCCGUGACCCCUCACCCCACCGGUGCAAACGCACCUUGCAUAUAAGCAAAGUAGAGUACUCGCCAACAAGGUAGAACACGCCGCCAAGCUCCAGCUAGCUAAGCUCUUUGCGCUAACUAUCGACGCAUGCUGAACAAGCCAGUGCACAAUAUGCCUUUGCGCGUGUCUGAUAUGGAAUUCGUUUACAAUUACCGUUUUCGUAACUGUAAAAUAUGACGCCUACAGACUUUUACUUUUGUAUUAAAAAAAUGUGAAUUCAAGCCAUUUAGAUAUAUUUAUGAUUGUUCAAGUCGAGGUGUGCUGAACUACAGUUGAACCUCCCUAAAGUCAAACUAUGGAAAGCCAUUUGAGCAUUUAUGUGAUAGCCUUGAUAUGCAGCUUAAGAUCUAUGUACUAGUAUGUCUUUGUCCUCACUAGUAGGACAAGUAGUAUAACUAGUGUCCACUAGUACAAUGAUUGGGUCUAACUAGUAAUUUUUUAUGCAUUGCUGCCUUCCACUUUUAUACAGAACUUCUGCACACUAGUGGGUCAACUUCAUGUCAUUAGUAACCCAAAACUUCUUAGUGGCUAGGUAGUAGGAUCAAGAAGGGGUAAUAAAGUUUAACUACAUACUAGCAGGCUUUAAGUUGGGAAAAAAACAUUACAACAAAGAAUGUCAUUAGCCAUUUAUUGAAAACAUCGUUAGGAAUUGGUCAGCCACCAUGUCACUCACAAGGCCACGCCCCUUAAAAAGGACAACACACAAAUACUAUAAUGAGGGAAACUUUUGGCUUAAUUACACUUUAUAAAAGUAGUUUAUUUGUCUACAUUCUCAUUACAUUAUUUUUAUUAUAUUUAUAUUGGUAAGGAAACAACUUUAAAUGUUAAAUCAGGGUACCACUGUAUUGUUAAUCUUUCAGGGUGAAAAAUGCUAUGUGAUGGUUGACUUUUGAGGCAUUUUGGUAGGGUAAAUAUGAUGGAAGUCACUCUUUAGUUGUAUUACGUUCAGGACAUCGGGCUUUUGGAGCCUCCACUGUACUCCAUCCACUCCUUGUUCAUUGUUCUGUCUGUAAACAGGACCGCAAAAAAAAAAACAAAAAAAACCUGCACAGCCAGAAUGUGGUCGGCGUCACUGCGGCCUGUGUCGGUUUGUUUGUUUAAUUCCAAAAUGAAGAGGCUUGUUAAUGAUUUGACAUACCAACUUCCACGAAACAAAGUCCACAUCCAUUCAUGCUGAAAAUUUCAUUCCAAGACAAAAAUAGUAUUACAGGUCUUUUUUUUUCUUGCAACUCUGGGAUGGAGAAAUAAAACUGCCAAAAACUAAUCAUAACCAAGA